CCGGCCCGCGGCGUGUGCGUGAGAGGGGCUUGAAGUUACCCCGGAGGCAGCGGAGGAGAGGCGCGGGGCCGGGGCGGCUGUCGGCGGCGGCGGGGCGCGGCGGGGCGCGGCGGGGCACGGAGCCCACCCCCAUCACCUGUUACCUCCGCUCCCCAGGUUGCCUGAAGUUCCCCGGCGGCGCCCGGCAGGACGGGGAGCGCCGCGGCUCCGGCUCGCAGGGACCCUACAGUGGCUGCUGCAGCAUGGGCUGGCUCAGGGGGAUUGCCUUGCUUUCCUUGGGAGUAUUACUAGCAGGAAGAGUGAACUGCCAGCAUGUGAAGAAUAACGUGCCAAGACUCAAAUUAUCCUAUAAAGAAAUGUUGGAAUCCAAUAAUAUAGUCAAUUUCAAUGGACUAGCUAAUAGUUCCAGUUACCAUACUUUCCUCUUGGAUGAAGAACGAAGUCGGCUGUAUGUUGGAGCAAAAGACCACAUAUUUUCUUUCAACCUGGUUAACAUCAAGGAAUAUCAAAAGAUUGUUUGGCCUGUAUCUCAUUCCCGAAGGGAUGAGUGUAAGUGGGCUGGAAAAGAUAUUCUGAGAGAAUGUGCUAAUUUCAUCAAGGUGCUUAAGACUUAUAACCAAACACACUUGUACGCUUGUGGAACGGGGGCUUUUCAUCCCAUGUGCACUUAUAUUGAAGUUGGAAGCCAUCCUGAGGACAACAUUUUUAGGAUGGAAGAUUCACAUUUUGAAAACGGCCGAGGGAAAAGCCCUUACGAUCCUAAAUUGCUGACAGCUUCUCUUUUAGUAGAUGGAGAAUUGUACUCUGGCACAGCAGCAGACUUCAUGGGCAGAGACUUUGCCAUUUUCCGAACUCUGGGGCAUCACCAUCCAAUCAGAACAGAACAGCAUGACUCCCGGUGGCUAAACGAUCCCAGAUUUAUUAGUGCUCACCUGAUACCUGAAAGUGAUAAUCCAGAAGAUGACAAAAUCUAUUUCUUCUUUCGUGAAAAUGCGAUUGAUGGAGAGCACACUGGAAAAGCCACUCAUGCCAGAAUAGGGCAGAUCUGUAAGAAUGACUUUGGUGGACACAGGAGCCUUGUUAACAAAUGGACAACUUUCCUCAAAGCACGUCUGAUUUGUUCUGUGCCAGGACCCAAUGGUAUUGACACACACUUUGAUGAAUUACAGGACGUGUUCCUAAUGAACUCUAAGGACCCUAAAAAUCCAAUAGUGUAUGGAGUGUUUACAACUUCCAGUAAUAUCUUCAAGGGAUCAGCAGUAUGUAUGUACAGCAUGACUGAUGUGAGGAGGGUAUUUCUUGGCCCCUAUGCCCACCGAGAUGGCCCAAACUACCAGUGGGUUCCCUACCAAGGGCGAGUUCCAUAUCCACGGCCAGGAACUUGCCCCAGUAAAACAUUUGGCGGCUUUGACUCCACCAAGGACCUUCCUGAUGAAGUUAUAACAUUUGCAAGAAGUCAUCCUGCAAUGUAUAACCCAGUAUUCCCCAUCAACAGCCGUCCAAUCAUGAUCAAAACGGAUGUAGAUUACCAGUUCACACAGAUAGUAGUAGAUCGAGUAGAUGCAGAAGAUGGUCAAUACGAUGUUAUGUUCAUUGGCACAGAUAUUGGAACAGUUCUUAAAGUGGUUUCAAUUCCUAAGGAGACUUGGCAUGAAUUAGAAGAAGUCUUGCUGGAAGAAAUGACCGUCUUUCGGGAACCCACUGUUAUUUCAGCAAUGAAGAUUUCCACAAAACAGCAACAGCUCUACAUUGGCUCAGCCACCGGAGUUUCACAGCUUCCUUUACACCGCUGUGAUGUCUAUGGAAAAGCAUGUGCCGAGUGUUGUCUUGCAAGAGACCCCUACUGCGCCUGGGAUGGUUCAUCUUGCUCACGUUACUUUCCCACUGCUAAGAGACGUACUAGGCGACAAGACAUCCGAAAUGGAGAUCCCCUCACUCACUGCUCAGACCUGCAGCAUCAUGAUAACCCAAGUGGUCAGACCCUGGAGGAAAAGAUUAUUUAUGGAGUAGAGAAUAGCAGCACUUUUCUUGAGUGCAGUCCAAAAUCUCAACGUGCCAUAGUCUACUGGCAAUUCCAGAAGCAAAAUGAUGACCACAAAGUUGAGAUAAAAGUGGAUGAUCGAAUGAUCCGGACAGAACAGGGCCUAUUGCUACGAAGUCUUCAACGGAGAGACUCUGGUAUUUAUUUUUGUCAUGCUGUGGAGCAUGGCUUCAUUCAAACUUUGCUCAAAGUGACACUGGAAGUAAUUGAUACUGACCACUUGGAAGAGCUGCUCCAUAAGGAAGAAGACGGCGAUGCCUCCAAGACCAAGGAUGCUACCAAUAGCAUGACUCCUAGUCAAAAGAUCUGGUAUAGAGACUUCAUGCAGUUAAUCAAUCACCCCAAUCUCAACACAAUGGAUGAAUUCUGUGAGCAGGUUUGGAAAAGAGACCGCAAGCAGCGCCGGCAAAGGCCUGCCAAUGCGCAGGUGAACACAAAUAAGUGGAAGCACCUACAAGAGAAUAAAAAAGGUAGGAACAGGAGGACCCAUGAAUUUGAGAGGGCACCACGGAGUGUCUGAGCUACAUUACCUCUAGAAACCUCAUCUAAGUAGAAACUUGUAUAGACAGAUAACUGGAAAAAAAAUGCAAUAUACAUGAACUUUUUCAUGGCAUUAAGUGGAUGUUUACAAGAGUUGAAAGCUCAAACAAUUUCCACCGGGUUUAAAUACAAUAUAUUUCUAACUUUCCUAGUAAGUCCUUCGUCUCUGCUCUGAUUCUAAGACCAGGUAGACCAGAGUUUCAAGGAUGAACACUCAGCUGGACAUAGCUUACUGCUCAAAAAGUUCUACAAGAGUUCAGCAGGCAGGUUUUGCUUUCUCUGUUGCCUGAGAUAUAAAUGAAAUGCUGUAUUUCAUGCUGUCGUCUUCAAGAAAAACAAAACCCACUUUUCAUCAUCAGCACCACCAUUCCUAGACUAUGUAUAAAACUGCAUGAACUCAUUAAGCUGAUGAAUGUCUAAACACGUGAUUGGACACAAGGAUUUGUUCUUGUUUUGUCUACCAGUUCUCCUGUUUAUGAGUACUAGAAGAGGAAAAACAAUGCUGAAUGAGAUUGCGGAAAUCUUAACAACAUAAGCCAUUCAUCAUCUAGAAGAACAAAAAAAUGUGGAGUACACUGGCCUACUACUGAUGACUUCUUUCAGCUUUGAUCUAAAGAUGUAUUUUAUUAAAACUAUAAUUUAAAUAUACCAUGAAAAAUAUGCAGCAAACAUUAGCUCUUUUCUAAAAUAGAUUAGCCUCUUUGUCUUAGAAAUAUUGUACUUCCUAAUUAUUGGUUUAGAGGGGAAAAAAAAAAAAAGACAACUUCCAAUUAUGAGCUACUUUACUCUUUUGUUUGGAAAACUUUCCAGGGGAACUGGUCACAAUGCAGUUAAUCUCCUCCCCACUAUCCUAGUAAUCUUUAUGACAUGUAACUUCAAAGCAAUUUAAAAACUAAGCUAUUUUAACAUGAAAGUCACCGUGUAGCAUGGAAGUCUUCUACAUUCUUUUCUAUAAGUAUGGUAUUUGAAUUGACUCAACUUGUAUAAUACUUUGCUGUAGACUGAACCAAUGAAGAGGAGAGCAUUGAUUUUCAGUUGUAUAUUUUUUUUAAUUAAAUAAAAAAAGGUAAAUAGCAUUAAAAUACCCUUUACUAAUUACACAUUUUCUUUCUUGGUUAGUAAAUAUUUGUGAAUGCUAAUAUUGAAAUGAUGUCACUAAUAGACUGUCAUACAUCCUUGAACGAACUUUGCAUUCAGUUUAAAGUGUAUGGUUCCCAAUUCAGUGGUAGAAAAUGUGUCCACACUACUGAUUCCCAGUGUUUUAUUCUUUCUGUGGGCCAAAUCACCUGAAGCAAAGAACUAGACCAAAUGCAUUCAAAUGCUCUAGGCCAUAACCUCACAACCAGCUCUCUGUUUUAAAAUCUAAGGGACUGUUUUAUCUGGGAGUGAUGUCUGCUGCAGUAGUAAAUUGGUGCAAUUCAGCUUAAGACUAUUUUAUACUAACAGAUAAUUUGGUCCUGCACUUCUGUCUUAUUUUGUACAGGAGAGCAACAGGGUAAAACAGACAAUGCACUUGCACCAUAAGUCAGUUUAGGGAUACAAGUAGUGGAUUUAUUCACCUCAGCACAGAUGUGCCUUUGGUCUCCAGUUCUAUGGUGUCCAGUUCUCAUGAGGUUAUCUUCCUCCACCCUUCCAUAUUUUAUUUUGAUGGAGUCAGGAAAUGGCAUAAUUUCAAGUAAUGUAAUUGUGGGGAAAGUUACUAGAACAAAGUUCUUAGUUUGCUAAAGUAGCUUUUUAUAUAAAAGUGUGUCUGUAUUGAUGACUGAUCUGUUUUGCUGUUAUUCACCCCAGAUUAUUUAAUUUAUCAAUCACAACACUAUUAGCCUUAUCAUAAACAGAAUAACACAACUGCUGUGAAAGCAGCUCUCACAAUACGUCCCAGUCCCCUUGCCUCUCACUAAUUAAAGUAUCCUAAUUAAUGAAAACUUAGCUUCUUGCUUUCAUAACAAUCUGGUUUUAAGAUCUGAUCACUUCAGUCUCCUUUGAAUCUUUUGCAGAUGAUGAACUUGAAAGUUUUUUACCAUUUAAUUCCUUAGGGGAAAAAAAAAAAAAAAUCAUUGAAUUGAGCAAGACAAGACUGAGAGGCCACAGAAAGUGUUUGGGAACUUAGUUUUGAAGCAACUUUAACUCUCCUACAUUUACUUUGACUCCAGUGAUCAUUUAUUUUCACUCUUGUGAACAAUAGAAUGGUGUCAAAUUCCCUUGUUUUUGUGAUGUGCUGAAUAGGGAUAGAUUAAAACAUAGGUUCAACUACAUUCUUUCCUGUAUGGAAGUACUAAUUUUCAGCCUUCGAUUAAUUUGUGAGCAUUGUUGUCAGCUGAAGUAUUUAUUUGUAAUCACAGAACACUCUUCAGUGUUUUGUGUGGGGCUACUGUGUACCAUUGAGUCUCUAGAAUGCUGGUCAUUACAAAAGGAAACAGUUUUAAAAUUAACCUCAAGAGAAUUCAGUGGAAAAAUACAAGUUGAUUUCAACAGAACACAAAUGACUUAUUUUCCUUUCUUACAUCUUAAUGAUAUUAUGAUUUAACUUUUUUUUUCUGUACUGUGCUCAUUUUUAUAGCAACUUAUAACUCAAAUGCAUACCAACCUCUUUCACCACUCCUUAAGAAAAAAGCAGAUUAAGUUAAGUCUGGAUUCUUAUAUGUGUUUUUCUGUAUAGAAAAAAAAAACAAAAACAAAAACAAAUAUCAUUAAUGGGAAGAAAAUUACAAAAGCUGAUGUUUUUACCAAGACCUGGCACUCUAAUUGGAUAAUAGAUAUCAUCAGAUGUCUUACUAACUUCAGUCCACUCCUCACUGACAUAAGUAGUUGUCUUGUUUAUGUUUUUGUAUUCUCUCAUAUAAAGAAGAGGGCAGAUAAUUAAACCAGCAAUAGAAAUGGUUGAUUUUCCUGUUGAUAUUAUGGUCAAAUUAAAACAACAUUUAAUACUGAUGUGAAAUGAACUUUUUUUCCAAAGAACAUAGGCCUUAAUAAAUUCAUAGAUAGAAGUAUGCCCUGCAGCUUCAUUAAAGCUCAUACCCCCAUUUCUGUCAUUAUUUUUUAAUGCAUCAUAAGGGUUGACAAUAAAGGUAAUAUCAGUGUUUCUGUUAAUCAUCAGUAAAACCCACUAAACCUAUAGACUUAAUAAAAAGUAAGAAGUUGUGUUUUUGUGGGAAAGAAAUAAAGGAUUUCAUUUAUAACCAUAAAACUUGAGUUUUUUUUCUCAAGAUACAUGUUGGAAAGGAACAAAAAUACAUCAGAUCUGAUUCAUCUACAUUUCGCACUUGCAUGAUCACUGAAGACAGGAAUUUGUUCAAUGGCUCCUAAAAACUGUAUGAUUAUGUUUAGUUAUAACAUCAAACUGAGAAAAUGUGCAUCUUUGCAGAACAGAACUAAAUCUUCAUGACCCACUAAAGUCACAAUGUAAAAAAAAAAUUAAAUUAAAUGCAUGUGAAUGCGCAUUUACUGAUCCUUUUUAUGUAUUAUUUAGUGAAUAUCAAUGGUAUGUGUUUAAUAGUUCGGUUUUUGCUACCUACACAUUAGCCAAAAGAGGUGUAAAUAUUUUUGACUAGAUAAGGAGGUACACUGUAAAGUACUGUUAUCUAGAGGUACUCCAUUUCAGUGUGUUCAGCAUAAUACUAAAAUGCAAGAUUUUGCCACACAGCUGAUAAGGUGGUUUAUUUGCUAUAUCAGUGCCAAAAUAAUGUGCUUAUUCUUUAAGCACAUUCCUCACUGCAUAGUAAAUAAUUCUGCUUCAGUAUCUAUCACUUCAAUUCAGAUGGGAACUAGAAAACUGGAGAGAAAAAAAUGUAAUUAAACUGCUGCUGUAAAUUAUUUCUUUUAGCAUGUAUUCAGUUGUUAAAUAAACAUUUCUUCCAAAUA